AUGCCCGUCCCCCUCGUGCUCCCUCAUGUUUUCGUUAUCCCUCCCGAGGAAGAGCAACUCCAAACACCGCCCUUCUGCUGCUUCGACGCAGACGAACCAUAUUAUACCGAGAGCGACUCCGACGAGGAAGCAUAUGAGCGUGAACAAUUCUGUCUCGCAGACGACAACUACCAACUCGAAACUAGUCCAUCCACACCCGUAUUCCAUCGUCCACCUCUAGACGAUGGUAACCCACUACCUCGCGCGUCCAGAAGUGUGUGGAAAAGGAGAGGCUCAGAGGCGACGUGUAAACCUCACAUUGACAUUAGAGAGCAUCGCAAAGACGUUCGAGAUGACCCGGAUAUUGUAGAAGUGAUUAAGGUCAGGCGUAGGAAGGACAACUCUGCUCUCAAGAACGAACCCAAGAUGACGCGUUCCGCGACCUUCAAGGAGCGCGCGUCCAAAGCGCUUAAAUCUUUUAGGAGCGUUAGCAAGGCUGUUUCUCGAAAAUCUACCACUAGGGAACAUCUGUCUUCCUCAGAUGAUAUAUUUAAUGCUGCGGAGGGCAUCGACGGUCAACCCCAAGGAUCUAUGGAUGCCCCUCCGUUGACGGCCUCUGCGACGCCUAGCUUGGGGCGGCGUGCCUCUCACUCCCUGUCUCAGCUCCUUCACUCUGCAAAAUCUUUUGCUCCUGAACCGAAGUCUCCCCCCCUUUCACAGGUCAUCCCGUCAGAUACCUCCUCAUCACUUGCCUACCUUCGGAGUUCUGGUUCAGUCCCAGCCGUCAUUCCUCGGGGUUUUACCGAGGAUGAAAAUCCAGAACGUCCAGCCUCUCCAAGCAUGUCUUUCGAUGGUUCAUCACGGAAGCGUUUCUCCCUUAUGGAGUUCCAUCGCAUGUUCACCCCCUCUGCGUCGCCCGACGAAGAAAGCACGCCGCAGUCUUCGUGGGCUGCCUCGCCGUCUACAUCCACGACAUUAUCUGAGCCAGAUGUCCCUAUAGAGGAAGCCGCGUAUGGCGCUAUUUGCUUCGUGGACGUAGAGGAUGGUAAUGGCCAGCAUAAGAUGCGACAUUCUUCUCCCGCAUACGCCGACUCUUCCGAUCAUCAGGGCAGUGGCGACAUUAGUUUUGAGAUGCGGCUUGACUCCCUGCACUUCGACUCCUUGUCGUUUGAUCCCGGCGAAUUCGGUGUUGAUGACGGGCACAAGGACUAUACUUGACGACUUGUAUUUGUCUCUAGAUAUUUCACAUUUCUACGAUCACUCCAUGACAAUGGCAUACAUAC